UCGCUGUCUUAACCGAAGGCUGCCAAUAUGUUCAUUCUAGGCUGUCAGGCUGUUGCGUCUUCGUAAAAAUUGCCAACUGGAAAUUUUUGUAGUUGGGCUAGCAUUUUGAAACCAUGUCUAGUUGGAAAUCCUAGUCACUUUGGUAACGUGCACUAUUGGUGUGGUCUUGAGUGGUGCCGCCUCUUCCAUUUAUGGGAUCUGGAUUUGUUCUUGCUUGCAUCAUUAUAAAAGUGUUCUCCACAAGUGGGAUUAGCUCUAGCAUUGGGCAGUAACAAGGGUGAUAUUCUUGUACCUUCGUCUUUUUGAAAGUAUUUCUGGGACAAACUUUUUCAGGAACAGUUGCUACAGUGUCACUUGUCGAUCUCGAAGCCUUUUGAGCUGAACCAAUUGUCUGCCUUUGAACGAAUUGAGAAGAGGCCAAUUUCAAAUUUUUUUCUGCUUUGAAGGCCAACUGUCAGAAGCGAAGAUGCUGAACCAGGGGGCUGUAAUGAUCUUCACGGGGAUCUGUGGGGCGUUAGUGAUCAUGGCGGUUGCCUACUAUGCCUACUGGUCGGUGAUACUAAGUGAAGGGCCGUGUAAAAGAGGGCUGUAGAGAAGACCCCACCGUGCUGUGUGUGUGUGCGUGCGCGUGUGUGUGCGCGUGUGCGUGCGCGUGUGUGUGUGUGUGUGUGGAAGGGGCUCUCCGUCAUGGGUGUGGUAACGUGGCUGAAGAGCCUGUUCAUCCUGCAGCUUUUGAUUGGCUUUGUUUUUGUGGUGAGCGGCCUAAUUAUCAACUUCACUCAGCUGUGCACCUGUGUGCUGUGGCCCAUCAACAAACAGCUCUACCGCAAGAUCAACACCAGACUCGCCUACUCUCUAUGGAGCCAGUUGGUGAUGUUGUUGGAAUGGUGGUCUGGCACAGAUUGCAUGCUGUACACCGAUCAGGCCACGGUGGAUAAGUUUGGUAAAGAGCACGUCAUCAUCAUCCUCAACCACAACUAUGAGAUCGACUUCUUGUGUGGCUGGACCAUUUGUGAGAGAUUCGGUGUGCUGGGGAGCUCCAAGGUCCUGGCUAAACAUGAACUGCUGAAAGUGCCUCUGGUUGGCUGGACGUGGUACUUCCUGGAAAUCGUGUUCUGCAAAAGGAAGUGGGAGGAGGACAGGGAAACUGUCUUCAGCGGGCUGAACAGUCUCAAAGAUUACCCAGAAUACAUGUGGUUCCUGCUGUACUGUGAAGGAACAAGGUUUACAGAAAAGAAACAUCAGAUAAGCAUGCAGGUGGCUGAGAGUAAAGGCCUUCCCAAACUGAAGUACCACCUGCUGCCCCGCACCAAAGGAUUCACCACUACACUGCAAUGCCUGAAGGGAACAGUAAAAGCGGUGUACGAUGUCACGCUGAACUUCAAAGACAAGCAGAACCCCACCCUGCUGGGCAUCAUUAACGGGAAGAAAUACAAAGCAGAUUUGAGCGUCAGACGCUAUCCUGUUGAAGAGAUUCCUGAGGAUGAAAAGGAGUGUGCUCAUUGGUUACACAAGCUGUACCAAGAGAAGGAUGCACUGCAAGAGUAUUAUCAGAAGGAGGGCUGUUUCCCUGGUCCCACCAUUAAACCCAAACGUCGAGUUUGGACACUGCUGAAUUUCUUAUGCUGGGCUACAGUCCUGCUCUCUCCGCUUAUUAACUUUGCCUGGGAUGUCUUUGUCAGCGGCUCUCCCCUCCUCAUCAUUGGCUUCAUGAUCUUCCUCAUUUUCGCUUCUUUAGCUGUCCGCCGACUCAUUGGAGUAACUGAAGUAAAGAAAACAGGAUCCAGCUAUGGCAAUAUAGAGGCCAAGAAAGACAACUAAAAUGUUUCACCGUGUCAACACCAUGUGGCCACUAACAUUUACUCUGCAGUCAAGCCUUAGGCACUGAGCUGUCCUGUGUGCAGUUAUCCCUCUUUUACAAAAAAAUAAUAAUAAUAAAAAACACAAAUGUAAAUCUCUUCAAUGCAGCAUUGGGGGGUACAUAGGGAUAUAACUAUAGACAUAACUUAAUACGCUAGUGUAUAAACACAGCUAAAUGGGAAAUAGAAAAUCAAAUGCUCAUCACCUGUGGAUUGGUGGCGACAUACUCGCCUCCUUGGGCAAAAAAGAAGAGCUGACCAUCAUUGACACAUUCCCUUCUGUUUAACUCCACCCCUUUCAAUGCAUAAGACCCCGCCCAUCAAGGGUUUCAACAGCAACAUUUUCCCAAACAAACCACAACGUAGUGGGGAAAGCCCACUUUGUGCGCUAAAGAUUUUUGUUCUCAGUAAAUAUUUAUAUUCUACUGAAAGGGGACCCAUUGCAAAUAGUCUGUCGUUUGCAACAUUUCCAUGUCUCCACCUAAAAUACGUCCCUGUCACUAGCCAUUUCUUUUAACUUUGUGUGAAACACGCAACACUCCUGCACUGUCACGUUCACAUACGGUCAAAUCUUCACUCGGACUGAUUUUCUACGAUCAGAAUUUCACUUCACGUGAAAACUGAGCAUGCUGCAGAGACCCUCCUUAGCCAGGCCAGCUAUUUAGAGAUGAGGUGGGCACACCACAGCCUCUUACAAACCAAUGACUGCUUUGGACCUUUUUCAGAUCUCUGUUGCUGGAGUGAUGGUAGUGAAAACGUUUUGUGACCAAUAUUGCAAUAGAAAUACAUUGAGCAGGGUUUCUAAGGAAAAGCAUGUCUUUUAUUCUGUCAUCUUCUGUAACUACUCCCCUUUUUGAAACCUAUCCUCACAAUGGGGUCUUAACCCACUUUGCCUCCAAUGAAUUAUUGGAUAUCAAAUAUUUUGAAUGAGGGAGACGGCUUUUUACCAAUUUAUUCUAACUCAUGGAUUUUAAGAGUCCCCAAUGUUGUCUACCCAAUUAAAGUUCCAUUGACCAUGAUUUAUAAAAAUAUGAAAUAUUGGGCUGAAGAGUGGGGUAUUAAGAAAGUAACUGAAAGACCAAGGGGAAAAAAUAUAAAUCAUGUCAAUAAAAAGAUUGUGAAAAAUGUUUAGUAUGACAACUAUUGACACUUAUGACUGCUAAUGGCAAGUUGGGUUGUAAAUAAACUCUAGAACUUUCUUCUUGACUCUUAAGAGGUUUGUCAGCUGUUUCGCAGUUGCAUUGAUCGAUUCUGAAAUGUGCUGUCUGCUGAGAGUAAUAGUUAGCACGGUGGAGUCCGAUCUGAAUGAUUAUUUGUCCAUUACAGCUCUUUUUAAAAAGAUUUUAAACGUUUGAAUUAACACCUUUAUGGUUAUUUUUCAGAGUUUUCUGAGACAGAUCCAAGCCAGCAUUUACAGAACAUAACAGUGCAGCUUUUUUUAGUUUGUGUACACAUCAAAAGAGCCCUUCACCCCUUAACAGUCCUGUGUGAUUGUGACUUACAUAUUAUGCAGUUCAGUGCAGAUUUGCUUAUCCUCAAAUUGUCAUUCACUUGAUUUCAUGGUUUAAGGAAAUAUUCUGGGUUCAGUACAAGUUAAGCUCAAUCGACAGCAUUUGUUGCAUAAUGUUGAUUACGACUUGACUUUGACUCAUCCGUCCUUUUCUUUAAAAAAUAAAGCAAAAAUCUUGUG